AUGUCUGCUUGUCUUAAUGCUGUUUUCCAGGCUGAAGUCGAGGACACUUUAUAGAGAAUUCAGAGCCAUACGGGUGUUAUUGGCACAAUAGUCGUUAACGCAGAAGGUAUUCCCAUCAGAACUACACUGGACAACUCGACCACAGUGCAGUAUGCAGGACUGCUGCAUCAGCUGACUGUGAAAGCCAGGAGUACAGUCAGAGACAUAUACCCUCAGAAUGACCUGACAUUUCUGCACAUCAGAUCCAAGAAACAUGAGAUCAUGGUGGCGCCAGAUAAAGAAUACCUGUUGAUUGUCAUCCAGAGCCCAAAUUAACAGUUAAUUGCAAUGAAAAAAGAACACACCGUUUUGAUCUCAUGUGGAUACUAAAUGUGAAAUUCUUUGAACAUGGUCCUGAACAUUUUCUGUUGUUUUUCUUUGUCUGGUGUAUACAACGUUUAAAAUAAUAAACCACAACAUUGCUGUUAUUAAAUUAUUUGCACAAUAAAGAUUGAUUUUCCAAUGUCA